UCAUCUUUGCACUGUUGUAAGAGUCUCUUGCCACUUACAGUCAAUUAAUCUGCCUCUUUUUUUCAGUCAGUCUAUCCAAGCGCUUUACCAUGACCAAUCCCGAUGACAGUAAAGCCCGCCGUAAGGAGGAAUUGGAUUUAGCCCGACAAUUCAUGGAAGUCUUUCAACGCAAACUGGACGUCUUGCGCAGCGAUUCGUCUUCCCAAGACUCCUUUCAACUCGAACCCCAAGAGCGUGCUGCUCUCUUGCAAAUCAACAACUUUGGUCUCAUCGAAGGCGCCAUUGCCGGAGGAUUUUCCUUGUUCGUCUUGCGACGUGUCCGGAAUGGACUGACGGCUCGACUAUACCAGACGACACAGCAGCAGCAACCGAGGAACCCCGCGAACGCUCCGCCGUCACCCUUUUCGCCUCCGGGCACCACACCGCACGUGACCAAUAGUCCGUUUCAAAACACACCGCCGCCUCCACUGCCGUUGUCCGCCGCUCCUUCCGGCGCUCCGAGUCCUUCCCCGGGGGCCGUGCUACGCGGAUUUGGUUGGCUCACGGACGUGGUCGUGGCCUUCGCCGUCGCGGUCGCCACGUCCGUCGCUUGCACGGAUACCAAAGUCAUUCUCAAAAUUCUUGGUGAUUUGCCUUUGGUCGAAGGGCAUUCCAAGGUGUCGCAGGAGCUGUGUCCCGAAAUCAGUACGGCCUGGAAGCGGGCACUCCGCGAUCCGCAAGUGAAUUCCGAUUUACUAGAACAUCCUGACACGCCCUACUUGCAAGCGGUGCAAGAGUUUUACCAUAACUGUCAACGACGAGAUGCGUACGAGCGCCAAUUACGCAAAGACAAAGGCGUUAGUUCAACCUAUCCGGUGGCGGUGCCACCACCGGGAGUUCCUCGUCGAGACGACUGGCUGGAAGCGCAACCCGAAGACAACAAGAACAAUGAUGAUCCUUCCGCGGGAGACUUUUACGAUCCUUCGAAUGACUUUUCCGACGAUCUUUCUUGGACGGACGAUUUUGUCACGGAUCGGGAAGACAACGAAAACGAUGCCGGAGACAAUAGACGCUAA